GUGCGAUCAAUUUCGAUGUGCCACAGUUGUGCUCAAGUCAUUUUGCAAAGUAGCCGCGUGAUUCGUUAACAUGUAUUUCUGCUGUUUAUUCGUAAUUUUAUUUGUCGAUUCAGUUCACAACACUGUGCCCACGUCUCCCCGAGUCGGAGGCAACCGUGAGAAAAUAAUAAAACGAAGAGCCAUAAAAGAAGACGAUUGGAUAUGGGGACCCGUUGAUCGCAUUGUAAACAGCAAAAACGAAAAUUCAUCUUUUCCUUUAGGUACAUGGUCUCCAUUGGAAAACGACGACAAACCUUGGCUACACCGCAUCAGAUUUCCACCUUUUGCAUACAGUUCCGCCCCUGAUGAUCUUAUCUUAAUACAACCAAUAAUCCAAGUUAACUCAACGAGAAAAAUCAAAGUGAUACCUCAAUUACAAAAUUAUAAUUUACCACCUAUAAAUAGUGAGGGAAAACAAAACAUUCUAUUGAACUUUGUGAUAGAAUAUGAUAAAGAAGAAAACGAAAUUACAUUAAAAGCAAGGACUGCUGUGAAUGAAACAAAUGAUAUUCCUUUACAGAGUACAGAAAAAAUAUUAAGCUCAGAAUUCAAUAAAACAAACAACAAUGGUCUUCUAUCGGCAUCUAUUAAAGAACCAAAUAAUGAACUAAUAAGCAAUUUGGUUUUAAACAAUCAAACUAAAAUCAAAGAAAACAUAAAAGAAGAAAACAUUACGACCAGAAUCAAUACCGAAGACGAAGAACCAUCAAUACAGACUUUAAACUCUUUCGAAAUAUUGUAUUCUGAAUUAAAUUUUCCAAAGAAGAAUAAUAGAGUCAUUGUAAAACCAGAUCCUCCGUGUAAAGAAUUCGAACUGCCUAUAUUUAGAAAAGGCUCGCGUAUCAGUGAAACCAAAUGCCGAGAACAAAUUUGGAAAUUAAACGCAAUGGAGCGAAUAGACACUGAAGAUUACAUCUGUCAUUACAAUCCGGAUGCUGCAGUCGGAGGAAGAGAUACAUUCCCUGGUGAAUUUCCACAUAUGGGCGCUGUUGGAUGGUCCCCGUGGGAUAAAAAUUCGGAUUACGUAUUCAAAUGCGGAAGCUCCCUAAUCAGUCCAUUUUUCUUACUGACUGCUGCUCACUGUUCAGAAGCACCGCUGAAGGAUAAUCCUGACAUAUCAGAUCCGAUCCCAAAGAUUGUGAGACUGAGUUACAAAAAUCUCUACGCUAAAAAACCAAGAGAUAACUAUCAGGACUCCACGAUAAAAGCAAUUUACGUUCAUCCCGAUUACAAGUCUCCGACCAAAUAUAACGAUGUAGCUUUGUUAGAAUUAGAGUGGGGGAUUAAUUACUCAUACUUUGUACAACCUGCGUGUCUAUGGACGAAAGAAGACAUAACCGAAUUGGAAUCUUUCGCCACCGUCACCGGCUGGGGAGUUUUACAAGAAGGUAGCAGGAACAUCUCAGCCGAAUUACAAGCAGCGGUAGUGGACUUUAUAGAUUCAGAUGAAUGCGAAACACUAUUGCAACCUUGGUGCAGCAGGAAUUGGUGUGGACUUGAAGAAACACAGCUAUGUGCUGGCGUACUAGCAGGAGGCGUGGAUGCAUGUCAGGGUGAUUCUGGAGGACCCCUCCAAGUGAAGAUUUCCUUGAACUUCAGGUCAACGUACAAUCUCUAUUACAUUGUCGGUGUUACGUCAUUUGGUAUUGGUUGUGCACAACCUAACAUACCAGGAGUUUACACUAGGGUAUCAUCCUUUAUAGACUGGAUAGAAGAAAAAGUUUGGCCUGUCAACAAGAAUGUCACUACGUAAAGCCAACUUGGCCUACAAUUUCAAAACCGUUGUCGCUUUUUAUUCGUUUUUGUCUAAAGUUUACCGAGAGAGUGUAACGCUAAUCAACAUGAACAUAUGAGGCCGUCAGCGUAAAAGUGGCCUGAGCUUACAAUAGUAAGUAUGGAGGCAAAUGGGUUUGAAUUUUCAUGAAUUUAAAAUUGAGUAAGCAAGAAAACAAUACGCGCAAAAAUAAUGUUAACUAAGUUAUCUGUUAUCUAUGGGUGAAACUAUGGA